AUGAAAUCUUUAGUCUAUUCAGCCAUCUAUGGGCUCAGCACCGUGAGUGCCUAUACUGUCACCAAUGCGCCAAGGUUUAUGUUGAAGAACAUAGAUCCUAUUGUGUUUCCAGGCCAGUAUGUCAGCCACAUGCAUAGCUUUUUCGGAUCAGACGCAGUCACCGCCAACACAACCACAUCCAAAGAUCUUCAAAAUGGGUGCUCCACUGCAGAGAACCCAAACGACUAUUCGUCCUAUUGGGUGCCGACACUUUUUGCCAAGAAUGGCACUGAUCAUGUUACGGUUCCUGUCAGCCGAUUUAGCGCCUACUAUGUGAGCAUUGACAAAGCCGAAGUUGCUAUUCCGCAGAACUUCAAGGUGGUCGUCGGCAAUGCAAGCGCAACCUCCAACGAUGACGUCGAGCCCCUUGCCGGGAUUCAGUGGUUCUGCGAAUUCGGAGGCGAUCCAAACGAGGUCAAGGAUCGAGCAGCAUUCCCCACCAAGGGCUGCGGGCGGCUACAAACGAUUUUACUAUUCCAUGACUGCGUCAACGAGGAGACUUUGGAAUCUGCAUACUCUGGAGUUCAACAUUGGACGAAAACAUUCAAGCCAGAGAAUCGUUGCCCAGCGGACAUGAAGCGAAUGCCGCAGCUCCGUUUCAGCAUCCGCUAUGACCUCCGUGAGAUCUUGCCAGACGGCUGGGAUGGUACCGCUCCACUGGAACUGUCUUGCGGCUCAUCAUACUGUACGCACGGUGACUUUAUCAACGGCUGGCUUCCCAAGGCGGCCGAUAACAUGCUACUUGCAAACUCCAAGAGAGAAUUUAAGGGUGUCGAUGGCCCCAAUGGAAAGUAUAACGCCGGCUCGCUAUGCAAGGCAGAAGAUUUCAAGGACGCUGAUCCGGAGCACGGGACUAGUGAUUAUGAGAAAAGCAAGCAGACUCUUGCCUGA